GGAUCACAGAACCAGCUCUAAGGAGAUGCCCCUCACAAACAGCACCAAAAUUACAGAAUUCAUUUUACUGGGGCUCACGGAUAGCCCAGAACUGCAGCCACUCCUGUUCGUGCUGUUUCUGCUGGUUUACCUUGUCACUGUCUUAGGCAACAUGGGCAUGGUGGCCCUGAUCAGCCUGGACUCCCGCCUUCACACACCCAUGUACUUCUUCCUCAGUAACUUGGCAUUUGUGGACCUGUGCUAUACAUCAACUGCAACCCCACAGAUGUUGACUAAUUUCUUAUCAGACAAGAAGACCAUUUCCUUCAUUGGCUGCUUUAUCCAGUGCUACCUUUUCAUUGCCCUUCUCCUCACCGAGUUUUACAUACUGGCAGCCAUGGCCUAUGACCGCUAUGUGGCCAUAUGUAAUCCUCUGCGUUACAGUGUGAAAAUGUCCAGGCGGGUCUGCAUUUGCUUGGCUGUAUGUCCUUAUGUCUAUGGCUUUUCAGAUGGGCUAUUCCAAGCCAUCCUGACCUUCAGUAUGACCUUCUGUAAAUCCAAUGUCAUCAAUCAUUUCUACUGUGCUGACCCACCACUCAUUAAGCUGUCUUGCUCUGAUACUUAUAUAAAAGAACAUGCCAUGUUAAUAUCAGCAAGCUUUAACCUCUCCGGUUCCCUCACAAUAAUUCUGGUAUCUUAUGCCUUCAUUAUUGCUGCCAUCCUAAAGAUCAAAUCAGCUGAAGGAAGGCGCAAGGCAUUCUCUACCUGUGGUUCCCACAUGGUGGCUGUCACAUUGUUUUAUGGGACUCUCUUCUGCAUGUAUGUAAGACCGCCCACUGACAAGACCGUUGAGGAAUCCAAAAUAAUAGCUGUCUUCUACACCUUUGUAAGUCCAAUGCUGAAUCCAUUGAUCUAUAGCCUGAGGAACAAAGAUGUAAAGCAGGCAUUGAAAACAGUCCUCAGGCGAAACGUUAACAGGACAGCAAUGAUACCUCCAUUUUCCAAUAAAAUACAAUCAUAAUUUUGUGACAAAUGUAUUUAUAUUUUUAUGCUUAGAU